AUGGCGUUCCGACGCCCUUCAUGUGUCCUACUAGGAGCUCUUCUCACCGUCUCCUUCCUCGCCGCCACGGCAACCGCCGGUGACCACGGCCUGACAGUCUUCUGGGGCCGGAACAAGGACGAGGGCUCCCUCGGGGAGGCCUGCGACACCGGCAUCUACAACACCGUCAUCAUCUCCUUCUACAGCGUCUUCGGCCACGGCAGGUACUGGGGCGACCUCUCCGGCCACCCGCUCUACGGCAUCGGCGCCGAUAUCAAGCACUGCCGGGGAAAGGGCAUCGUCGUCCUCCUCUCCAUCGGCGGCGGCGGCACCCAGUACUCCCUGCCGUCAUCACAGUCCGCGGCCGACGUCGCCGAUAACCUGUGGAACGCGCACCUCGGGGGCGGCCGCCGCGGCGUGUUCCGCCCGUUCGGCGACGCGAUGGUCGACGGCAUCGACUUCUUCAUCGACCAGGGCGCGCCGGACCACUACGACGAGCUCGCCAGGCGUCUCUCCGGCUACAACCGGUACUACCGCGGCGCGCCCGGGGUGCGGCUGACGGCGACGCCGCGGUGCGUGUACCCGGACUGGCACGUCCAGAGGGCGCUGGACACGGGGCUGUUCGAGCGGAUCCACGUCAGGUUCUACGGCGACGACCAGUGCUCCUACAACCACGUGUACAAAGACGGGGUGAUGGCGCAGUGGAGCAAGUGGACGGCGAGGUACCCCCGGAGCAAGGUGUACAUCGGGCUGGCGGCGGCGAACGUGCCCGGGAGGAACGACAAGGUCGGCCUUGGGUCCAUGCAAUAUGACCUAAUGCCCAGCGUGAAGCAGGCGGCGAACUACGGCGGGGUCAUGCUCUGGGACAGGUACUACGACAAGCAGACCGGAUAUGGCCGCGAACUCUACAACGGCGGCAUCAACUAA